UUUGGCUUCGCAGAUGUACGCGAGGAGGAAGCCGUUACCCCAAACCAUCAAUUUAGGGUCGGUUCGGUAUCGAAACCAAUCACUGCUUGCGCAAUUCUGUUACUAGUGGAUCAAGGAAAAAUCGAACUAGAUGACAAAUUAUUCGGACACGGAUCGAUUUUCGGAAAUAAAUUUGCCAAACGUAAUUAUUACAAGAAACAUGUCACUGACGUCACUGUUCGACAUUUAUUGGAGCACACAGCAGGAGGAUGGGAUAACUUGCAAUCCGACGCCGCAUGGAUUCAACCACAGUUAAGUACUGAAGAGUUGAUCACAUAUGUUUUGGACAAUGUACCACUGGAGCAUAAACCAGGAACCAAAUGGAUAUAUUCGAACUUCGGAUAUCAACUUUUAGGAUACCUUGCAGAACACUUAUCUGGAAUGACGUACGAGAGCUUUGUGAAAAAGUAUAUUUUUGCGCCGGCAGGAGUUCACGAUAUCCAAGUUGCAGGGCCCAGUAUAAGUGAAAGAGCGCCACGAGAAGUACUGUACUAUAUGAGUGGGAAUAAUCUCGGAUUUGACCCAUAUGAAAUGCUACCGUCAGAACGUAUCGGCCCAUGGGGCGGGUGGAUUGCAAGUCCAAUACAGCUACUCUUAUUCAUGUCACGAGUUGAUGGAUUUCCUCACCGACGUGAUCUUCUGUCUACAAAGUCGAUUAUACGGUGUUCUACGCCUUCUUCGCCUUCGAAUAGUACAUACGAAAGAGAUUUCUUUCAUGAACUCGGCUACGUUCUACAUCACAUUGGGAAUAACCACGACUGGUGGAACGACGACAAAGAUCUCUUCUAUCAUCUCCACGAAGAGACG